UUGUACGGAAAGAGGCCAGGCCAGCACCGCUUCCUCUUUCAGCUUCUCUGUUUCCUAAUGACGUCAGCAUAAGUAGGAAGACUGAGAAGCUGGCUGGCUGCCGGCUGGAGACUCCAGCAGAAGGUCCGUCUGUCCCAGCACAGAGGUACGGCCCGGCUUUGGGGGCCUAGAAGAGGCAGGGUCCUGGAGAGAGGAGCCCCAAGAGGCGAGGACAUGGGUCUGUCCUAGCCCCCAGCUGGGCAGGAACACAAGAUUCUAGAACAAUGAGGAGUCCAGACCCUACCCAGACCUGGACCCACCUGAGCCAGCCACCUGCUCUUCCAGAGCUGACUCCAGAGAUGGCGCUGCCCCGGGGGCUGCUCCCCCUGGCCCUGCUGCUGCUCUGCUGGGGGCCCUGCAUGGCAGGGGCCCAAGGGACCUUCCCCCUGCAGACCCUGCGCUGCCAUAACGACUACACCAGCCGCAUCGUCUGCAGGUGGGCAGACACCCAGGACGCCCAGCGGCUGGUCAACGUGACCCUCCACCGCAGGCUGAACAGGGGCCUUCCGCAGCCAGUGUCCUGCGAUCUCAGUGAUGGCAUGCCCUGGUUCAAUGGCCAUUGUCCCGGCUGUGUGCCCAGAAUGUGUGUCAUUCCCUACGAAGUUUUUGUCAUUGCUGACCAUGACUACUUCUCAUUCCGACCAGACCAGCCUCUGGGUGCCCAGCUCACCGUUACUCUGAGUCAGCAUGUGCAGCCCCCCGCACCCAGGGACCUCAACAUCAGUGUUGCCGGGGACAGUGUCCUGCUGUCCUGGAGUGUGGCCCAUGGGGGUUCCCAGAGCCACUGGCUGUCCAGCCUGGAGUUUGAGGUGGUCUACAGGCGGCUUCAGGACUCCUGGGAGGACGCCCCCACCAUCUACUCCAGCGCCUCCCGGGCCAUCCUGGGGCCAGAGCACCUCAUGCCCAGCAGCACCUAUGUGGCCCGAGUGCGCACCAGGCUGGCCCCGGGCUCGGGGCUCUCGGGACGGCCCAGCCAGUGGAGCACAGAGGUUCGCUGGGCCUCCCCGCCAGGUAAUGAGUCCCAGCCCCAGAACCUCCAGUGCUUCUUCGACGGGGCUGCCCUGCUCCGCUGCUCCUGGGAAGUGAGGUCCGAGGUGACCAGCUCGGUCUUCUUCACCCUCUUCUACAAGUCCGGCCCCAGUGCAAGGGAGGAAGAAUGUUCCCCAGUGCAGACGGAGGAGACCAGCAGCCCUUACGUCCGGCACUGCUGCCAGAUUCCUGUGCCUGACCCCAGGAACCACAGCCAGUACAUUGUCUCUGUUCGACCGAAAGCGGAAGAGAAACUUAUAAAGAGCUCAGAUAACAUCCAGAUGGCUUCUCCAACCCUCAACUUGACCAAGGGCAGAGACGGCUACAUCCUGCACUGGAAAGAAGGAAAAAUGAACUAUGAACACAUAGCUUGCAUCUUCCAGGUCCAGUACAAGAAAGAAGAAGCCUCAUGGGAGGAGACCAAGACAGAGGACUUCCAGAACGCCCACAGCAUGUGCCUGCCACCUCUGGAGCCUGCCACCAGGUACCAGGCCAGAGUGAGAGUCAAACCUGACCCCCGAGGCUACAACGGGAUCUGGAGCGAGUGGAGUGAGGAGAGCUCCUGGGACACUGAGUGGGUGCUGCCCACGUGGGUCCUGGCGCUCACCCUGGUCAUCAGCACCUUGAUCCUGCUCGUGUCCCUGCGCUUCUGUGGCAUCUACGGGUACAGGCUGAACCAGAAGUGGGAGGAGAAAAUCCCCAACCCAAGCAAGAGCCACCUGUUCCAGGACGGGCGCGCCGGGCUCCGGCUCCCACAGGGCACGCGCGCCGUCGGCAGCGGGAGCCACGCACACAGGGGGCUCUGGGGCGGCAGCUUCGCUCAGCCGGAGGGGGCAUCCCCUGUAGACUUCGGGCACAGUGAGGUGUCACCUCUCACCACAGAGGACCCUAAAAAUGCCUGUGACUUGUCAUCUGAGCCUGACAUGACUCUGGUCACCUCGGACCUCCGCACGGAGCAGCCGCCCGGGCCCCCGCCAGAGCUGGCCACCCCCGCAAGCAGGCCUGAGAGCCAGGCUUCCGGCUUCGAUUUCAAUGGCCCCUACCUGGGGCCGCUUGACAGCCGCUCCCUGCCGGACAUCAUGGGCCAGCAGGGGCCCCUACGGACAGGCACGAGCAGGAAGCCGCAGCCCCCGGGGCCCCUGGAGUACCUGUGUCUGCCCACAGGGGGGCAGGUGCAGCUGGUCCCACUGGCCCAGGUGAUGGGGCCGGGCAAAGCCAGGGAUGCGGACCUGAGGUCCAGCCCAGGCACCGAAGGGAACCCUUCCCUGGAGCCAGGGGCAGGCCCUGCCCCUCCUGAGCCUGGGGUGAUGGUGGGUGGUCAAGGCCCGAAGGACAGGGCCCCCCCAGGUCUGCCCACUGGCUCUCGGGGUCCUGAGGAAGGCACUGUGGCCACUGGUUACGUCACCACUGCAGAGCUGACAUUCACCCCACCCACGGGGGCCCCAUCUCCUUCCCAGGCUCCCCCUCUGAGCCUCCCCUCAGACCGGAACCCCAGCCUCUGUCCUGGACUGGCUGAUGGUCCCCCUGGACCCCUAGCCCCACUGAAGCCAGAGUUCGAGGGCUAUGUGGAUCUCCCUCCAACCGCAGGCCAGUUUCCCCAGUCCCCUCUGGCCAGCCCUGCCCCUCCUGCAGCCAGCAGUCCUGUCCUGGGCCCAGGACCGCCCCGGGCAGAUGUGUUCUCAGUCUCCCCAACCCCUGAGGGGCUCCUCGUGCUGCAGCAGGUGGGUGACUACUGUUUCCUCCCUGGCCCAGGGUCUGGCCCUCUCUCACCCCAGAGUAAGCCCACCUCCCCAGGACCCUGUCCUGAGAUCAAGGACCUCAACCAGGUGUUCCAGGCCAAGAAGCCCCCGUCUCAGGCCACUCCCCAGGUGCCGGCCAUUCAGCUCUUCAAAGCCCUGAAGCAGCAGGAUUACUUGUCACUGCCCCCUUGGGAUGUCAGCAGGCCUGGGGAGGUGCGCUGAGACCCUGUAGACGUUGAGGGAGGGGCAUAGAAGGACAGGGUCUGCCUUUCCUCCCGCCCUGCCUUUCCCUCCUGCCAGCCCCUGGUCCCUUCCAUGGUCCUUUCCGCAAAGCCAAGGAGAAGUUUCCAUGUUGUAACGUGGAGACCAGAAAAACAAGUCAACCAUCUACCUCCUCCCUUGACCUUCAGCAAGGUCAACCUCCUCUUUCUCUCCGUCCCUCUCUGACACACAGGCGCACGCGCGCGCGCACACACACACACACACACACACACCCACUGUUCUUUCAAAUUCACUUCUUUUAGGUUCUGAAUUAUUAGAGAUUUAUACACAUACUCAUUUCAUUUGCCCCCAUUUUCCUUUUUUCCCAGUUUCCCUGCUUUUCCUAUUGUCUUCUCUUUCCACUGAUUUAUCAUUAGAGUGAGUUUGAGGUCUGGGCUAAGCCUAUUCUGAGAUGCCAUGUCUCAGUCAGAGCCUAUUCAGAUUCUGACAUGUCUGGUUUCAUGGAGGACUUCUGUCUGUCCCUGGCGGGCAUGAACGCACACGACAAGAUUCCAG